GUCUGAAGCAUCAAAAUUCCCAUAUAGUGCUGCUGUUGAUAGAUCUACAAGUUUCUCAACAUAUGCAUCUCAUUACUCAGUGCUUCCUGGAAAAGGUUACAAAACGCUGGGAGUUGGAUUAAUGACUACAGAAGUGCAAGAUCAUUUACCAUGUCCUCACUGCAAAGCAGAAUUUUCAUCCUCCACACUUAGACAGCAUUUAUCACAAAUCCAUGGACAUGAUAUGCCUUUUCAGUGCACAUUAUGUGGGAAGGGUUUCUACAGUGUUUCUGGCCUAAAUCACCAUAAACGAAAACAUGCAGGUCAAACAUUCUUGUGCCCCAUUUGUGAUACAACUUUUACUCAGAAAAGUAAAGUAAAGAGGCACCUGAGGAGCAUUCAUGGAUGUAUCCCUUGUUCAACUUGUCCAGGAAUAUUUCGAGUCGGCCAGGAAUAUGAUCUUCAUGUAUUGUGUUGUCCUGAUACUCAUGCAUCGAUGUAGAUUUGCUUUCUUUACAAACCAAUUUAUUUUCUAAAGUUGAACAAUAGUAUGACUUUGUAAGGCCUAACAACCAUCUUGGUCUUUUAACCAAUUUUGUCAACACAUAAAGCAAGAGAAAAAAUGAGAGAUUGAAUUAUUAAAUUUAUUUAUUGUUUCAGAGCAGCACCGUAAAGGAAGCAAAGAAUUGGACAAAGUCAGUCAAUUCAGUUCUACAUCUGGUGGUUUCAAAGCAGCCAGUAUGCAUGGAGCUUAUAAUAUCAAAGAACAUUAUGAUCACUUACCACAAAGGACUGAGACUUCUGAUUGGAUUAAGUGCUCUCACUGUGGGGAAGACAUGAGCAAACUGAUGCUUAGAGCACACAUUUCUCAGUUUCACUCAAAUGAAAUGCCUUUUCAAUGUCAGCUUUGCGGAAAAGGUUUUUUCAGUGUAUCCGGCUUGAAUCACCAUACACUUGCCCACGAAGGACGCAAGUUCAUGUGCUCUAUUUGUGAUUCCAAGUUUAAACAGAAAGCACACCUGAAGUCACAUCUAAAUAAUGUUCACAAAUUGGCUCAGUGUCCCACUUGUUCACAAUUAUUUAACGUCGGAAAGGAAUUUAAUCAACAUUUGAUACAGAAUCAUUAGAACCUAUUUGUAAGAACUAGUUUCUUCAUUUUUUUAAAAUGAGAACACAAUUAAUAGCGGUUCAUAACUUUUUGAAUACACUGAGUAAUAUAGAUACAUACACACAUUUUAAUAUAACCCCUAUUUAAAAUUUUUUUUAAUGCAUAUUCAAUAGCAAAAGAGAUUUUUUUUUCUUUUUUCUUAUGGGCUUUGCUACAUCUG